AUGGAGGGUGAUGCUGCUGCGGCCAUUAGCUAUCUUAAAGGGAAGACGGAACUUGAUCCGCUAGCUGUGGUACAAUACUCGUAUUGUGCUGAGAACCACUUGGGUAAUCUAUUUUGGUGUGAUGGUCAAAUGCAGCAUGACUAUGAUUGUUUUGGUGAUGUCUUGGCCUUUGACUCAACCUAUAGAAAGACUUUAUACAAUAGGCCUUUGGUGAUUUUUUCAGAUGUGAUGAGGCAAAAGGAGCCAAUGGUUGUAGUUACAGAUGGAGAUGAAUCAAUGAAGCUAAGGAGGCUAUCCGGAGCGAGUUUCCUAAUGCAACACACCAAUUAUGCAACUGCGGUGUAUGGAAACUUUGUAGUUGAAGAGUUUGAGAACUAUUGGGCAGAGAUGGUUGAGAGCUUUGGUUUAGAGAAUAAUGAAUGGAUUGGAAAAACAUACGAAAAGAGGGAGCAUUGGGCGAAUGCUUAUCUGUGUGAUAAGUUUUGUGCUGGAGUGAGAACAACAUCAAGAUGGAUGACUACAGGGUUGGAAAGUAUUGAGAAGGCUGUAAGCAAGGUGUACACGCGGGAGAUAUUCUUUGAGGUUAAGAAACAAAUCGAGUCAGUUGCUGCGUUGAUCGUGCUUCAUAGUGAGAGUUAUGGUACCAUUCAAAAGUUCAUGCUAAGAAAGUUCCGAAGGCCCCGUCGAGUUUAUACUGUGUUGUACGAUAGUAGUUCUGAAAUUUAUGAGUGCUCGCACAAAUUGUGGAACAGUCUAGGGGUCCCUUGUAGUCAUAUAUUUUGUGUAAUGAAAGAGCUUGAGAUAGAGGUGAUGUCGACCCGACUAGUGCUUCAUAGGUGGUGUAAAGAUGCAAAGUCUUUGGUGUUAGUUGGUGCGGUCCCAGUGGCGGAUCUCGAAAAGGCAUUUCGGGUUCGUUAUGGGUCCUUGUGGAGUGCAUGUAUGUCUAUGUGUUUUUUAGCCGCCCAGGAUGGAGACACAUAUGAGAAUGUUCUUUCUGAACUGGAAAAACUGACAAAGGAAAUUGAGGCAACAGGCCCACGGGGUGGAAGGAACCGAUUUGGACGAGCAGGCGACGUCCAUGUGGACAUCCUGGAUCCAACUAUUGUAAAGUCGAAGGGUGCUCCCAGGGGCAGCACGAACGCAAGGAUGGGGAGACAAUGCAGAAGGUGCCAUGGGCUCGAGCACGAUCGUAGGAAUUGUACCACGAGGAAUGAAGGACUAGAUGAUGAGGGAGCAGGAACUAUUAACAGGCAGUCUCAAACUUUUUGUAAAAGGGUUCGACGAAAUUAUGCAUUCGGUGAUGAAAUGGCUUGCGGGGGUUGA